AAGAGAUGCUGGUCAUUCAGCACUGGAGACGGUGAGAGACAGCUGCUAUACUAUCUGUCCGAAGUCACCAAUUGAGGAGGUUUCGGUUUUUACUUCAAAUGUAAUUCCACUGUUUUUGCCAAACUCAUAACCACCAUCAUGGCUGAUAAUCUAAGUCUUUUGUCAAUGAGAAGGGAUGAAGAUAAUCUGGCUACAAAGGAUCCUAUCUUCAUCUCCAGGACCAAUAAAUCACUCAAAGGGCAACUAGCAAGUGAAAAACAAGCCAUGGUUACCAAAUGGAUAGCCUGGAUUAAUAGGGCCCAGUUAGCUGGUUAUUUCCUUAGUGUCUUGGCAUCCAUCAUGUGUAUUGUUUCAACAGUGGUUGCGCGUUGGAGAAUAUGGCAGGUACAAAGUGAGGACGGCAUGUAUCCGGGCGUGGUGUGGGUCGGAAUCUGGAGGGCCUGUUAUCUGCACAGCACUCAUCCCGAAAACAGAUACGUCCACUGCGAGGACUUCACCGAACGCAUGAGCAUGCUGCCCAAGGAAAUAUUUUUGGCUCAAGAUCUGAUGACCUUGAGUUGCAUUGUAGGAGCAGUGGCCAUCACCCUCAUGAGCUUUGCCUUGUGGAACAUUGUGCAAAUCACCACCCACAAACCUUUCUUGCUCACCUUGUUUAACAUUGGAGGGCUUCUGAACUUUCUCGCAGGAAUCAUUGCCUUGAUUCCCAUCUCCUGGAACCUGUAUUCCAUCUUGGGGAACAGGGACAUCCGCUUUCCCGAGUCUUUCAAAAUGCCUACGAUUCCAAAGUACCAGGAGCCUGGAGCUGCUAUUUACAUCGGCUUUGGCGCGGCCGUUGUGUUCCUGGCGAGCGGCGUUAUGGUUAACUGUAAUAAAAGCGUGUUGCAAACGCACGGAGGAAAGGAUGCUUCAGCCCCAGUGGACGAUCCGCUGACAGCAGGCCAAUUUUAUUCAAACUUUGCUUCUUCUGUGAUGGUGAACAGAAAAGAGACGGAGACUCCUGAGGCCAGCGCUGAGGUGCUAACAUCUCUACACCACAUUAAUAAAGAUUCUUCGCAAUCAGUUCAACCCCGAUUGCAUAAAAGCGCUAAGAAAGUUACUAUAUCAGUUACUCCAUACCAGUAA